AUGCCAUCCCGCCAACUUCUGUCGUCCCUAGUAACCUCCCUCAGCAAUACUCGCUGGACAUUGACUCGCACUCUUCGAAGCGAAAAUCCCCUCGACCUGAACGGGGAGCUGCGCGGUACAGCAACUUUCACCGCCCAACCCCCAUCCACAACCUCCGACCGUGACUGGCUUUACUGCGAAGAAGGCGAAAUCCCCAGCAAUGUUGGAAUCGGCGCGGUUCAACCCGGUCUUCGCUGGACAAAGAAAUACAUUUGGCGCUUGGGGAGCGACAGUGGACGUGUCAGCGUGUGGUUUGUGAAGAUCGCGCCGGGGCCGGAAGAAGCGGACUACCUGUUCCACGAUUUUGACUUUGAUGUCGAUGCCCAUCCACCCGCGGAGCAAUCAAAAUCUGCUACACAGAAGGAUCCUGGCGAGUUUGUGGCAGCACCGGUGCCUCCAUUGGUCCUGGCUACCGAUUCCGGGAAGGAGACUACGGUAUUGAAUGCGAGGGGCAAUCACCUCUGUAUCAAUGAUAUGUAUCGCACAGCCUAUUCAUUCCGCAUUGAACCAGAGACCGGAGAGGUGCUGAGUUGGGCUAGUCGACACGUUGUGAGAGGUCCCAAGAAGGGACAGGAGAUUAUCAACCGGUAUGAGAAGGGCGCAUGA